AUGGCCGACGCACAAGAGAACCCGCUCAUCUCGGCCACGCGCGCCUCCGACACCAGCCCGCAGAUCCAGCUGCAUCCCCUCGUCCUGCUCACCGUUUCCGACUACAUCACCCGUCACACCCUCCGCCAGCAGCAAGGCCCGGUCAUCGGCGCUAUCAUAGGCCAGCAGCAUGGCCGCGACAUCACAAUGGAGGUUGCCUUUGAGUGCAAUCUCCUCUCCGGCGAGAAUGGCGACGUGGUAGUCGACGACGAAUGGUUCCGCGAACGCCUAGAGCAGUACAAGACCGUCUACAAGUCCCCGGCCCUGGACCUCGUUGGGUGGUUCACUCUCGGCGCGCCUUCUGGUCCUUCGCUGCAUCACCUUCCUGUGCACGAGUACUUCCACUUCACCCACAAUGAGAGCGCAUUGUUGCUUCUCUUCCACCCGGAAUCUGUCCUCGAGGGCAAUGCAACUGGCGGCAAACUACCUCUUACUAUCUACGAAAGUGUGUGGGAAGGCAGCAGUGAGAGCAAUGACCAAUCUGCGGCCAUGGACAUCGACGGAGGCACACAAGGACAGGACAAGAAGCUUAAGUUCCGAGAUCUUGUCUACUCUGUUGAGACGGGUGAGGCGGAGAUGAUCGCAGUCGACUUUGUGGCCCAGGGCGGUGGCAAUGCCACGGCUGUGGAUACUUCGAAGGCCGGCGCAGGCGAAAGUAGCAGUAAAGGCAAGAGCAAAGGGAAAUCUAAGGCUGAGUCUGAGAGGGAAUCUGCGGCAGCUAAUGGCACAGCCCCUGACGGGUCUGUUGCCUUGACGUCGGAGGAUGAAGAGCUUCUUGCCUCACUCACCGCUAAGGCCAACGCGAUCAAGAUGCUUCGCGCCCGCAUCAACCUCCUGGAAAUCUACAUAUCUAAGCUCCCACCUUCCUAUCUUACUGAUGCCAUUUUACCUGUGGAACCAACCACCGAAGCCCCCAACUAUGAGAUCCUGCGUUCCAUCCAAUCACUUCUAUCACGCCUUCCACUCCUCACUCCACUGGACCGUACCACGUUCGCUCGCGAAGCCGCUGAGCAGCGUUCUGACGUCGAGCUCACCAACAUGCUGGCUAGCAUCACGGGAUCCGUGUUUGCGACCAGCGAACUCGGCAAGAAGUUCUCCAUUGUCGAGAUGGCGCGCUCGAACAAGAAGAUGAACAGCAACAACCCGUUUGCUUUUGAUGGAAUGCCAGGCGCGGCCCCGAGUGGAGGCUUCUUCGAAACGAUGAUGAACCCUGUUGGUGGAAGCGCCGCCUACGCAAGCCCAGGCGAAGGCCGGACGGGCUUAAAGGGCGGUAUGAAAUGA